AUGCUUGUUCGGGGCUUCAUUGCGGCGGUGAUCCUUGCCACUCACGCAACGGCGGCCAUGAGUGCCGUUUGGUCGGGAUGUGCCGUCAACGCCCUUAUCGGCCUUCCCUUGGGAUUCUGGACCUAUGGUACAGGUUAUUCUCAGGCGAGCUGCAAUACAAAAUGCUACACCGAAGGCUACGCUUUCUCAUAUUUUGGACGUAGCACUAUUGGAAUUGCAGGAAUGUGCUCCUGCGCCGCUGUGUCCACUGCUCAACCUGUUCUCCGUAACAGUGCCCCGUCGCAGUGCACUGGCGCGCAACUCACCGUGACUGCCCUCUCUACCAGUUUCCAAUUUGGUGGUUGCGCGUCCACGGUCAGCCGCCAAGACUCUGGGCCGAGUGCUACGUUCGUCGACUUUUCCGCCUGCUGGUCUUUCUGCGCCAACUACAUCUACGCUAUCAUCGAUCCCGACGCCAUUGUCUUCUACCGCUGCUACUGCGCCAACACUCCACCGAUCAUUGUCUCCAGUAACAUUUGUGGCUCAAACUACUUUAUGUACUCUCAUAGCGCGGCUCAAGCAGCCUCAGGUAUUGCGAGACGUUCACGCCGUGAUGAGGCGGAAGCGCGUCAACGACUGUUGGCAGCUCACAAGGACUGCCCAGUCGGAUACGACGCAUGUUUGCUCUCCGACGACCCCAACGACGACUCGUACGAGUGUCUCAAGACCCAUUCUGAGCUCGAGUCAUGCGGUGGCUGCAAGUAUGGGUAUCACAGUAUGCCGGAGCCUGGCUUUAGUCGUGUCUCCGCUGUCGAGUAA